GGGUAUUUUUUCUACAGAGUAUCUUGUGAUUAAGUAGAUUAUCAUGUAGAUUUAUUGACGCGUGCUUGAUAAUUUCUGAUCAUGAUAUUUGCUGGAUACAAUAAAGCUAUCAGAAUUUUUGAGGUUCAUCGCCCAGGGAGAGAUUUUGAACAACACUCGACUGUUUUAGGAAACAAAGAAGGCCAAUCAGGUAUUAUAUCUUCUAUUGCUUUUUCCCCCACUUCUUCUGGUAUGCUGGCUGUGGGCUCCUACAACCAGACUACUGCUAUAUACAGAGAAGACAAUAUGGAACUGCUGUAUGUGUUGCAUGGCCAAGAAGGUGGGGUUACACAAGUUCAGUUUUCUAAGGAUGGAAACUAUUUGUACUCUGGGGGACGGAAGGAUCCUUAUAUUCUAUGCUGGGAUAUUCGCAAAACUGUUGAUAUUGUCUACAAACUAUAUCGAUCAUCUGAAAGCACCAAUCAGAGAAUACAAUUUGCUAUUGAACCUCUUGGUCGAUAUCUUGGAACUGGUGGUCAGGGGCAGCUGCUGUUAACUUGGUUGCUGGAGAAAAGCCCGCAGAUGUUUAUUCAGGAAUUGCUACGAGGGAUGUUACUUUCAAAAAGGGAGGAAGAUCAAGAUGAAGAUGAGCGCGAAGGAAGCCUUUGAGAGGUCGAUGAGGACUUUGUCGGAGUGGAUAAGCCAGGAAGUGAAUCGAAAUAUGUAAUGAUCUUAGAUACUUGAUACUUGGUUCAUUCGGAUGAUAAUGUACGAAUAUUUUGGAUAAUAUAUAAUAUUGUUAUUGUUGAUUUUA